AUGUGGGCAGGCGAGGGGCGGCUGAUCGGCGGCGGGCAGGCUGUGCGCGGGCAGUUCCCUCACGCGGCCUACCUCAACAUCGACGACGGGGCAGCCACUUGCGGCGCCACGCUGCUCACCGAGGUGUGGCUGCUCACCUCCGCACAGUGCCUCUCCGGGUUCUCGAAGUGGUGGGUGUACCUCGGAGUGGAGGAUUUGAGCACCUCUGACGACUACGCAGCUAUCUUCGACUGUUACACGAUACUGAUUCACCCAGGAUACGACAGCACCACCAAGGUCCACGAUAUAGGCCUCAUAUACUCGGCCAGCUUGAUCCCUUUCAACCAAUACAUCAAGCCGGCCGUUCUGCCCCGCUACUCGGACGUGGAUAGUAGUCUCGAAGGAUCGGAAAACACCGUCUGUGGAUGGGGAUCGCAAACAACAGGUGGUGCAGGCUCGCAGACACUGUGGUAUGCAUACUUCGAUUCAGUGGCGAUUUGCAGCCCUGCAUGGUCGUACUGUGGUGUCGGGCGCUACGGAGAGGCGCUCUGUUCAGGUGACUUCGGAACCCCGAUGCAGCGCAAGGAGGCGGACGGGAACUUCACGGUGGUGGGCGUGGCCAGCUUCAUACAGGGCACCACCACCUGCGAGGGAGCCACGUCCGGCUUCGUCAUGGUGGCCGCCUACCUCGACUGGUUGGCCCGACAUACGGGGCUUCCGGUCUACCCUUGA